AUGCGCUCCUUAAGAAGUGAGUUUUAAGUUUUCUUUGAUUUGGAAGUUUUUUGGUCAGUUUUUAUGAAAAUUUAGUUUUUUUUUCUUAAAAAUAUUUGAAUAGUGAUUAUAAGGUCAAAAAGUCUUUGGGAUCGCAUUUUAGGGCAAAUCUUUGAUUAUUAUUUAGAGUUUCUAUGUAAUUUAUGACCAGUUUUUUCAAUUUUGUAUUUUUAGGUAUUGUAAAUGGCCAGGGAAAAAAGAGAUUUGAUGUUUUUGGGAAUCUGCCACUGGAAGUAAGUUUUUUUUACCUUACGGCUGUGAUGAAUGCGGUCAAUAUUGAACUUAUGUAGAUGUAGCUGAAGGGUUAUAUUCCUUUUUCGAUGAAAAUUUGUUUUUUGAUGAACUAUAUCCUAUCUUGAAGUUAAAACGUUUGUUACCUUGUAUAAAGUUUAGUUAUAAGCCCCUCAAGGCUUUCCUACAGUGGUACUGUAACAUUUGUCAUGUAAUACGGUAAAGUAUUGAAUAUUAUUGAAUUGUAAAGAAAGUUUUGGCAUUUUCUGUGGUUUAAAUAUAACGGGGAACGAGGACCACAUUUUUGAUAUUAGUUUUUAGAUAUUUUACAACUUUUACUUUAACUUUUCACCCAGGUAUGAUAUCUAAACUAAGCCUUGCGUUUUCAGAUAGUCGAGAUGAUCACGGUCUAUCUGGACGUGCACGAUCUUCGCAGUAUGGGGCAAGUGAACAGGAAUUGGCGGCGGAUGACUUCUGGGAACAGAAUCUGGUCGUUGGCGUGUCAGAAGGCGGAGAUCGAAGCAGUAGAAGACAUCAAAGACACCUCACAUUACUUGUUUUGGAAGUACAAUUAUUUUCAGUAAGUUUGUAUUGAAUUACGUUUCUAAAAGUGUUUUUAGUGGACGUUAUCUACUAUAAUAUAGGUUUUGAUGACAAUUGUUUUGAAUUUGAAGAUUUUGUAGGUUUUUACAAAAUUUUAAUUACAGUGUAGGUCUAUACUGUAAUUUAGAAGGCGUAUGUAGUAUAGUAGAUGCAUUUGUACGUAACGCGUGGUAAUAUAGUUAGUUUUAAAUUACAGUAGUCGAAGAAUUAAACGAAAUUGGAUCAACGGAACUUAUACUCGCGAGUUCUUCUUCACUUUGAAUCGUAUGUUCAUAGUGGGGACAGAGUAAGUCUAUUUUUACAUUUUUACAAGCCAAAUUUAUUAUAUACCGUCAUAAGAUAUGGUGAACGUGUUUUUGUAAUUUGACUAUGUUUAUACAUAGCCACUUAUAGGUUAUAGAAUGACUGGUUUGCUCUUGUUAUAUGUUACUUAAUGACAAGUUAAUCUUUAGAGAACUAAACGAAGUCUUCUUCCAUGACACACUGGUCGUCAUCUACAUGGAUCGUCGUAUCAUUGCUUUCUGUUCGAAUCAAAACAAGGUAUGUUACUUUGUUAUAUAUUGUUUUUGUUGGAUCUUCUAUUCACUUUUUGACCUGUGUGAAAGCUUUUUUAUAAUUUUUAAGUAUAAGAUGUAAUUUUAGCUUUAGAUAUUAUCAUACAUAGUUACGGCAUUAGGUAGGUCAACUAAUAUGAAUUUACAAUUUCAGGUACUUUGGCAGUACCAAGACACCUGGAGGAUCCCACCUGUCGCCAAAGGAUGGCACAAGAAGUUUAUUUUUCAGAAUCCGGAGAGAAUUCUGGUGUUUUUGUGUUACCGUGCCGUGCUGUUCUGUCUAAAAACCGGCGAAAUCUUAUGGCAAGAGACUCAGAUUGACUCCACUCUAUUCCCAGUAAAUGCACUCUGUAAAAGCAAUAUGUAAGUGGUAUAUUAUUUUAGAUUCAUAAAGUAAAAUAAAAAGUAAAGGCUUAUAGGUUUUGAGAUUACUAAGUUAAUUGAGUUUAUUUUUUACUUAAACAAAAUAUUAUUAACAUAGGUGAGUAGAUGUGAUAUGUUACUUUACAGAGUAGUACGAGUAUUCUCUCAAGGAACGAUCAAAGUACUGAACUUUGAGAAGGCGGAGACACCGUGCACGUUAUGGAAUCGAGUGUUCCCGGCCGUCUUUUGUGCCGAACUCUCCGAUGACACACUGUAUGUAGGUAUAGUGGGGUCGAGGAUAGUGGCACUCGACCUCAAGACAGGACACAUGAGGAACUCGAUCACACUGAAUGGUACUACUGAGUUCAUUAAGGUAUGUUUUUGCCUGACAUGUCGUACUUUUACCAUAUACUCUUUGACUCAAAGUAACGAUAUUAUAGUAGCCAGUUUUAUGUGAAUUACUGUAAUAUAAAAAAUGGUUACUGUAAUAUUUUAUAGCUAUGGUAGAACAAUAUUUUCGGCCAAAAGGUCUGUAGAACUUUAAAAUUUUUCGAAAUUUAUCUUGUUUUGGUCCUUAACUAUUACUUUGAAGCUGAUUCCGGACCACAACUUGGUAGCAGUACGUACUCAAUUGUACUCCUCCAGCAUAUACCUCCUCGACUGUCAUACCAUGGGUGUGGUUCGAGUACUACCGAUGCGAGGAUUCUGUUCGCCGUUGGAGAUUGUGGAGAAACAUACCAUGGUCAGCGCCGUAUCUUUCAAUGGUGGGAUUCGGGUAGGUUACUGUAACAUGUUUAACGGUAAGACUUUGUAACUUUGAAAUAUAAAACUUUUUUAAAUUUUAAAAUUAAAUUUUGAAGCUUUAACUCGAUUUUUGGAACAUGUUUUGAAAUUGGCUUCGGCGCAAAAGUUUUCGUGGUGAGAGCCACAAAUGAUAAGUGAUUAUUGUUAAACACUCUUGUAUAUUAAUUUACGUUUUAAUAUUACUGUAUGUUUAGGUAUGGCAUCUGAACAAACAGAGAGGACAGUUUAGCCCCAAGAACGAAUGUCAUCAUCAGCAACGUGUAGAUUGGUGUACGACAGUGAUGGACGACUUGGUGGUGAGUAAGGACCCAAUAUCUGUGAAUCUGUGGAAGGCUUUUAAAGGUAGGUUAAAGUAUAUGAUUAGUUGUGUAUAAGGCAUGGAAAAGAUAUUAAUUAAACUUUGGUAUCUUUCAUUUGGUUUAGGAAAAAUAACAGGGUAUGCAUAUAGCUUGUAGAAUAUACGAUGCUAUGUAUACGAAGUCUAUGGUGAGAUACAUAGUUAUAUACGAGGUUUAAGACACAUAUUAGUUUUACUGUGAUAUGUGUAUAUAUAAUGCUUACAUACCCAUGUUACAGUGAAAUUUGUACGCCAGAUACGAAACCAGGCCAGUCAAGACAACCGCCUAGACUUCUUUGUCUCUAAGAAUCUGAUGGCGUAUUCAGAAGCCAGUUACGAUGGCCCCUAUAUACUGUAUGUGAAGCAGCUGAGCCCUAAGGACCCGAACGUCGACUUCAAGUUGUUUAAGGCUCUACACUCUUGAGGACACUGUAUAACGUCAUGUGUUAUAUAAUGACAUGGUAACAUGUUGUUGAAGGGACAUACUCAAAGAUAUUACAGCAGGAAUAAAUAAUAUAUCCAUGUUGUUUGGCUUGAUUGUAGUUUUGCACACUAGUAUUAUACUACUAUGAUAUUUUACUGAAAACAUGUUUGGUUACGGAGUAAGAUAAGGUUACUGCGGCAAAGAUACCAUGAGUCAUAUAGGUAACGUGAGUACGAAAGGUUGCUUUUGAUUUAAAUAGAUUGUCAUUGUUUGUUAUAUUAUGGGGUACUGUUAUGUUUAAAUUCAUUUGCCUGAUUGUCGUACCUUGUUUAUGCUACAGUAAGCCAUUACCCGAUGAAGAGUAUGAGUUUACUGUCAGAAUACAUAUUUUGACGCCAAGUGGAUUAGGUAUGUUAUGUUAUCAUCGUUAUUACUUUGAUGUAAUGGUAUUGGUAAUAUCACAUAUAUAAAUAUCGACUUACUAUAUAUAAUAUGUUGUGUAUUACAGUAGGCAAUUGCGUGGGAUCUCUAAUAUCACCAGACUAUGUGUUAUCAGCUGCACACUGCGGAAAUGGUGGAACGUAUGUUUAAAAAUAAAUAAUGUUAAAAAUAUAUAUUAAAUGGUUUAGAAAUGGCUUUGUACAGUUUCUGAAUAUUACUGUAGACAUUGAGAAGGUGGUCAGAUACCAAGAUGUAAAAAGUAACGAUCCGCAGAAGAAAGAUAUUGCUAUUGUCAAAGUAGGUAGUCUAUACUGUUGAAGAUACUAUAAUACAUAAUGUAACUUACUUUACUAUCGUAAAUUAAUACUUUCUAUGUUCUGAUUAUGUUAUACUUAAUUUUAUAGUUCUAAACUAACUAAAUUGACGUAAAGUAACUUUUGAAACGUCUGUACUAAUAUUAGACUGCUAUUUUUUAGUUAAAAAGCCCAAUAACCACAGUAAAACCAGUAAUACUAGCUAAAUUCUUCGACGAAUUGAUGGCUCGUAUAGCUAUUCCAAGCUAUUACAACACCGAUACCUAUAUGCAUAUCUUGAGAAUGCGACUGAAACAUCCUGAAGAGUGUGCAAAGUAAGAAUCACAUAACAGUGGUGAGAAGCGGACCCUCCAGUCUAAACUUCGGGCUCGGGCCUGGGCUUUAAAAGUGUGUCAGGUCCAGUCCGUUUCUCACCUCUACACAUAAAUAAGUACAUGAAUCUGUAUUUUAGUUACGGUAUCUACACUCCACUUUACUAUUGCGCUGGCGAAAAAGCAAUAGCUACUCGAAAUGUAAGCACAAUUUUGAUAGAUCUCAUGUAGAACUUCACACUGAUAUGAGAUAGCAGCAUAACCAGGCUUCUACCUGAUUUCUGACAAAUUACUAUCAUCUUCUACUAUUACUGCUGUAGGGUGACAGUGGAGCUCCAGUUAUUCUGUUGGAAACCCAAAACCCAGUUCAGAUAGGUCUAGUGAUAGGACAACAACAACUGAACGGAGAUCAUCUCGACAACGGACUUCUCAAUCCAACAGUCAUAUUGAAAACGACCCUCUUCUGUAGCUGGAUUCGGAACGUCACGAACGGGGUUGAGUGUCGAAACUUUGAAUUUUGA